UAUGGCAACGGGAACGUGCGGUUUGUGGUCUGUUUUUCUGUAAUGCAAGAAGUUUAUCACCUGUGUCUAUUUUUUCGGUUACAGUGUCAAGUACAAUCUGUAGCGAGACGUUCGAGCGCAAUAUAAGCUGCAGUUCUUUUCUAGUAGUAAUCUAAAACAGCGCAUGUAAUGGCGAGUACAGCGACAGACCAGAAUACAACGUUUCAAAUCCGACCAGAUUUAAAGGACAAAUUCAGGAGCACUGUGGUUCGAGAGAUCAUCCACAGCACACUUGUAGAACAGCUCACUGGGUUUGUGUAUAAUGCUGAGGCUGGAGAGGAGAUGACCAAGCAGAUAGCAGAUUUGCUGAGGAAUAAAUUGCUUGAAUUGAAUCUUCCUCGCUACAAGUUUCUAGUCAAUGUGGUUAUUGGAGAACAGCGAGGGGAGGGAGUCAAAGUGGGUGCCCGUUGCCUUUGGGAUGCUGAUGCGGACAGUUAUGCUUCAGAUGUAUUCUUAGCGGAAACUUUCUUCUGCUCAGCAGCAGUUUUUGCCAUCUACUUCUACUAGCUUUGGAAAUAUUUAUUCCAUGAAGAAAUGUGAUGUGAGAACGCUGGUGCGUGGUUUUAUAUUUUCCAAAGAAGAAAGCUACAAUUUAUAGGAUUCAUUAGUUAAUUCUAGUUUCUAGGGCUGUGACAUGAUUAGAUUUUCUUUAAUGUCAUUACAUAUUUAAUAGCUUUGCCAAAACAGACUAUUCUGUACUAGAUGCAGGACUCUCAUUUCUUUCAGUAUUUUUAUAUAAUUGAUCUGCUUAACUUGUCUUAGAAAGGCAAAAUGUAGAACAUGAACCCCUUCCCCAAUCAUAUUUUGGUAUGAAUCCAUAGUACUACAGGACUUGUCAUCCAUAUGGAACUUCAUUAAUAGAUGCACUCUUCUCAAGUGGUUUAUUAAACUUCUUUUUCUUCCUUUUCUUUUUUAUGAAUAAGUAAUGUGAAUUUGAUUAGUGUAAGCCUAACAAAAUUUGUGUCGUCCAGUUAGAUGCAUUUUUUGUCUAGUUUUUAUAUUCAUUUUCAGUAUAACUCUUCUUUCUAGUUAUUGCCAGUUACAUGAUUUGACUGAGAUUGUAAGUUGAUAAGUAUCAUACAGAGAGACUUAAUAGCUGUAGUGUGCCAGUUAGUACAGUAACAUUCUGACUGAAACUGGAUAAUUUGUAAAUAUGUCAGGGAUAUCUAGUCAUGUUUCUGUUUUGUUUUGUUAUUCUUCUUUUUGAAGAACAUUUAUUGAAAUACAUAUUGUAUCUGAAUUGUUAGAGAUACUGUCAUUUUGAUAACACCUAAGGGCAUUAUGAAUCCAUGUUAUGUAAAGUUUUUUCCCAUGUGUAACUGGUUGGAAUUUGGGAAAAACUAGCUUAUAUAGAACAUAUGCUGUCUGUCUAGUAUAAAUGAGUUGAAUGAAUAAGUGCUUGGGAAAAUGGUACAGUAAUCACAUAAUUCUGUGAGAAUAUUUGUUGAACCGAUUUCGGUUUAACGUCACGAAACUCCCUUUUUGAUCAUGGGCUAGGCCGAGCCUGUCUCGUGAAAGGACAGGCAGGACUUGGCAAGGUGGAGACCGUUACCCCGAGUGGAUGCCCUUCCUAACCUCAGACCGUGGCCGGGAUUCGAACCUGUGCGCUUGCAGACCCUUCAGCCCACAGUUACGCACAUAACCACUGUACCACAGCGGCGCCCAGAAUAUUUGUUGAACCAUUUUCUAUAUUAGUUUUUCAAAUUUACUCACCCGCUAAUAGUGUAAUUAAGGUAUUGUAAUGUUUUUCUUAUAUAAUGCUGCAGUAUCCCUUCUUUGCAAAUAAGCAUUCCAGAAGAAUAUUCCUCCCAUAGCAAUUGAUUUAUCAUAUUUUUUUCUCAUUUACUCGAAAGGUCCCUAAAUCAAAAGAGAACUGUACAUUUUGGGACUUUUAAAUAAAAAUGGCAGGAUUAAUAUCAUUCAGAAUUUCUCUUUUUAAAGGUAGAUUUAGAUAAGUAUGUGUGCCAUUACUGACAUGUCUUUCAAGUGUUACCAAGCAAUAGUUAUAUAGAAUACACUAUAUCUUUAGUUCAGAAUAUUCCACUUUCCAUACCAUCCCUUGGAACAGUCUUUCUAUGAUACAUUCAAACUUUGUUUUACAGUAUUUUUACAAAUGUUUGAAUCAGUUUUGAUGUGCAGCACUUGCAUAUGCAUUGUAUUUUGAUUAAUUGCAUGAAUAAAUACGAUGUACAGAUUUUGGGUCAAUUCAAGUUGAUUCUUUAAUUGGAGAGAUACUGACCCACACAAAUGUAAAUUUUGUCAGUCUGGACUUUUCAUUGCUGUUUUUGGUCAGUUAUUUCCCAUUUAUGGUAAUCAUACCCAAAGUCAUUAUUUUUAAAUGUAUUCAAUUUUGCUUGUUAUUGUUAUCAAAGAAAAUGUGUUACUUUUAAUAAAUGUGAAACAUGA